AUGGGUCAAUCCUCUUCUUCUUCUUCUCCUUCUUUUAUUUCUUCUAGAAAUUCGACACGUGUUCCUAAAAAUGAUCGGAGACAUUUACUUUUGAGUGGGGAUGAGAAUGAGAAUGGGAAUGGAAAUGGGAAUGGGAAUGAGAGAUAUAUUAGUGCGGAAACGACGCAGUUGUUGACACCUGAUCCUGAUGAGGAUAUAGAGGAAAAUGAUGGAGGUACGAGGGGAAGUGGAAAUGGGAAUGGAAACGGAAAUGGAAAUGGAAUCAGGUAUACGACGAUAAUUGGAAGACAUGAUGGCCAUGCAUGUUUCCAUCCUCAUGCUUUCGGAGACAUGUGCUAUCCGCAGGAUGAGUUUGGGAAUUUGCCGGUUUAUAAGACGAUUCAUCGAGUAAGAAGGGAUAUUAUUUCGGCAAUUGAUGAUCCGUAUAGUUUGGAACAACUGAGGGAUCCUAGGUUGAAUGUUUCAGUUGUGAGACCGUUGGUGGAUAGGUUGUAUGAUUUGGAUGAUUUGUCGGUUGUCUAUUGUCUCCUCGUCAAUAAAACACAAUUUCAACGCGAACAAGUGGCACUCCCACAUCAACAGAGCAUUUGCACCACACGUGCUCAUCUAUGCGAAAUAGUUGCCAAUCGAGUUCUGCGCCGUUUUCACGAGGACCAUACUGGCUCAGAAGGGUUACUUGUACUCUCUCGUAUACUCGUUGGGGGUUUCGAUCCAUUCCAAGGUGCUCCUAAUAAUGUCAUUCGCGAAAGUAGUAGUUUUGGAUGGGCCGCUCAAUCCCGUACUGGUGUCAAUCGAAGAUUACCAGCCCUAGAAAUUGCCAUUACAUCUCAAAGUAAAGCUUUCUUAAGCUCAUCGGCUUGUCAAAAAGUAAUCAGCGCAAUCUACGAAGGCAGAAUCAUAUACACUCCAACGGCGUUUAUGGAUAUUCUGCCUGAUCAUUACAAGAAUAAACCGAUUUCGUUAUACAAUCCGAGGGAGGCGCCAUUAUUUAACCAAUACAGACUUAUAGUUCCCCGUACGAGGAAUUAUUUGGAAGUGUGUCACUUUUUGCUACUGUUGGUAUUCUAUCUGUAUGUAAUGGCGGAUCGUGAUCCAUCUACAUUUGGUGGUAUGGAAUUAUCCUUCAUUAUUUAUACAUCGGGUUGGACUUUGGAUCAAUUUUGCUCUAUUCUCGAACACGGAUGGCAUGUAUACACCCAAAAUCUCUGGUCCUUCCUCGAUGUUACCUUCGCCGCAAUCUUUGGAAUUUAUCUCGCACUGCGCUUCAAAGGCUGGCGCACCGACAACGUCAGUACUGGUCAACAAGCCCUAGAUGUCCUCGCAAUGGGGGCUCCUGUCCUUGUUCCACGUCUAGCAUUCAAUCUCAUGUCCGAAAAUAUGCUAUUUAUUUCUCUCCGAGCCAUGAUGCGCGAUUUUACUGUCCUGACCAUUCUCGCCGUCUGGUGUUUUGCCGGAUUUCUGCUUUCCAUGAUAUGGCUCGGCAAUGGUAUUCAUGAACCAAUUACAGUUUCCAAAUGGAUGCUCUGGAUCUGGUUUGGUCUCGAUGGUACCGGCAUCACAACAUCUGCUCAAUUUCACUGGCUCUUAGGUCCAAUUCUCAUGGUUACCUUCGCCUUCCUAGGCAACACUCUUUUCCUCACUAUUCUCGUCUCCAUGCUCUCAACCACAUUCUCCACCAUCGUCUCAAAUACCACCGCCGAAAUACAAUUCCGUCGUGCAGUCCUUACCCUCGAAGGCGUAAAAUCAGACUCCUUAUUCGCUUAUUUCCCCCCUUUCAACAUCCUUGCUCUUUUCGUCCUCAUGCCCCUUAAGUUCGUCCUCACACCCCGCUGGUUCCACAAAAUCAACGUAGCAGCCGUACGUUUCCUCAAUGCCCCCCUCUUACUUCUCAUCGGCUACUUAGAACGCCGUCAAUUAUGGGCCGGUCCCCGUCGCCAAAGAGAAGCAGAACAAUUACCCCGUCUUCCACAUCGUCCUCGACUGUGGGAUUUCUCCAGAGGAUUUAGCGUUCAUGGAGAUUUACAAGCGGUGUUUGAUGCGGAACCUCCGAGCGAUGUUGAAUCUGAAAUUGAAAGGGAAGUAGAUAAUGACGUUCCGCACGAUCGAAAUAUUUUCGAAAAUGAAUUUGCAAGGGAAUAUCAUAAUCACGCGUCCACAAAAUCGAAUUCUGUAUCUCAAUCCGGACAGAAGAAUCCGAGAGAACAUAUGAAGAGAAGAGAUACAGUCACUAGUACCAAGAGAAUCCGAAGGGACUCGGUAGCUCCGUUUGCAGGAAUGAGUAUCCCGAAACAUCUGAGAGAUUUAUUGAAUGAAGAGAGUAGUGAUGAGGAGGGAGAGGAUAUCAGAUCGAGAUUGGGUAAGUUGGAGGAUUGUAUGGGGAGGGUGGAGGGAUUACUGGGGAGAUUAUGUAAAGAGUUGGAUGGGAAGAGUGUGGAGGGGGGCGAAGACAGGCUGGGCGAAGAAAGGGAGGGGACGGUUAGUGAUUUGGAUAGGAGUGUGGCGGUGGAAUUCUCGGAUGAGUAG